GCUACGCAAUAUUGUGGGGCCCCGGAUGAUUGGCGACAAUGAACUUCUGGAUAAAACGCCGGACGAACGGAACUUGCCCCUCAUUUCAGUGACACCCCUUCCCGCUUUGAGCCUUCUCAACGCAAGUCACUGUGCGCCGCCGUGUCAAGUCACAGGUUCGCAUCAGUGUGUCGCUUGCGUUCCCGAAGCCGGACACUACAUAUAAAGGCGAGCGAAGAAAGGGUUCGGUUCGACCUCCGUCUCUCUUUCUGGACACACCACCACAUCGCUACCGCAAGCCACAGUCUAUUAACAGUAUUCGACGACGCAGACAUACAUCACGAUUAUCCACGAUCCGUUCGAAGAUAUUGGUGGAAUAUAGGGAAGGAUGCCGGAGUUUUCGAAUCAGGUCAUUAGCCUGUUUCAUACGGUUCAGAGACGAGAGGCCCCUGAUCAGGGAGGGUUAUUGACGGGGAAGGAUCCAACAGCAUUCAACACGGCGGAUCCUCUUCGGUUAUGGAUCAUCCAAGUUGGAAUCAUCAUAUGCACGACACAACUCCUCGGACUUUUGCUUCGCAAAUUGCGGCAGCCAAGAGUCAUCGCUGAGGUACUGGGUGGUAUUCUUCUCGGACCCACCGCAUUUGGACGUAUUCCCGGUUUCUCAGAUCACAUAUUCCCCGAAGACUCGCAGCCCUAUCUCUCUCUAGUAGCCAACAUCGGUCUCUGUCUCUUCCUCUUUCUCGUCGGUCUCGAAAUAGACAUGGAUGUCAUCAAACGCAACGCCCGCCUCUCUGCCACCGUCGCCCUCGCCGGCAUCUCAAUACCAUUCGGCUUGGGCGCAGCGCUUUCCGUCCCGCUGUACAAAAACUUCAUAGACUCGAGCACUGUCAAGUUUACAAAUUUCAUGCUUUUUACUUGUGUGGCGUAUUCGAUUACGGCGUUUCCGGUGCUGUGCCGUAUCUUGACUGAGUUGAAGCUGCUGGACACUACGGUCGGCAUCGUCGUGCUCUCCGCCGGAGUAGGAAACGACAUCAUCGGCUGGGUCCUGCUCGCACUCAGUGUCGCCCUCGCCAACGCCUCCACCGGCCUCACAGCCCUCUACAUCCUCCUCAUCUGCGUAGCAUGGACCAUUUUCCUCCUGUUUCCCGUGCGCAAGGCCUUCUUGGUCAUUGCGAGACGCACAGGAUCCACCGAGAACGGGCCGACGAUCUUGUUCAUGACUAUCGCCAUUCUAGUGCUGUUCGGGAGUGCGUUCUUUACAGACGUUAUCGGGGUGCAUGCGAUUUUUGGAGCGUUUUUGGCUGGUUUGAUCGUGCCAAGAGAGGGAGGACUAGCUAUCCACCUUACGGAGAAGCUGGAGGAUACGGUCUCUAUUAUUUUCUUGCCUCUUUACUUCACGCUUUCGGGACUUUCAACCGAUCUAGGCCUUCUUAACACUGGCAAGAUAUGGGGCUUUACCAUUGCCAUCUGUGCUCUUGCGUAUUCUGGUAAAUUUGGCGGUUGUACGAUAGCGGCCAGGUUCGCUGGAUUCAAGUGGCGAGAGGCUAGCACAAUCGGGUCUUUGAUGAGUUGCAAAGGACUUAUCGAGCUGAUCGUGCUGAAUGUCGGACUUUCCGCUGGGAUCCUAACCCGGCUCGUCUUCUCCAUGUUCGUCCUCGAAGCCCUCCUCCUUACCUUCAUGACCACACCCGCAGUCACCUUCCUCUACCCACCCGAACUGCGCACCCGUGCCACAGCUACCGGCCCCAACUUCGCGAACGUCCCAGGCACCGACGUUCUCACCGACCAAGAACACCAGUUCGACGACACUCACAAAGAUGACCAAGAUGGACAAUGGAGGAGCAGGUUCCUCGUCGUAUUGGACAAAAUCGAGCAUGUGCCGGGAAUGAUGGCUUUAGCGCAACUUCUUCAACCUCCGCCGCCACAGUACUCCGAACGGGAUCCCCUCGUUCAGGCUGGCUCGGCCUCGCCUGGGAGUAGCGGGGCCAGAAGUACGGACCAAAAACCUCUGCGUGGUUCUGACGCUGGCAUUCAAAUCGAAGCUCUGCGCCUCAUCGAACUCGAAGACCGUACCUCCGCCGUUAUGAAAUCCUCCGUUGCCGAUUCGCUCAUCCAUUCUGAUCCCGUCCUUGGGAUAUUUAGGACAUUCGGGGAGUUGAACGACAUGGAGGUCAGUCCGAGUCUGGAGAUCGUGCCGUAUGAACAGAUGGCGGGGAGUGUGGCGGAGCAUACGAAGAGAUGUGGGGCGCAGUUGGUGCUUAUACCCUGGUUGCCGCCGGUGUUGCCCUCUGGCUCUGAAGGACAGCAGGGUGGACAUGGACAUGGACAGGACGCACCUGUGACGCCGAGGACCCCUGCAAUUACAGGACACGAGAAUUGGAAUCCUUUCGAGGCGCUGUUCAGGACGAAUUUGCAUGGAGGCGAACGGUCCGCCUCGGUCCUUCAUUCUCAGUUCAUACGCGGGGUCUUCGCACAGGCGUCGACGGACGUCGCAUUAUUCGUGGACCGUGGGCUCACUCGUUUUCCCGGUGCCGGUUUGGGUUUGAGGGCCGGAAGCAGGAGACAACAACAUCUGUACUUGCCGUUCUUUGGAGGACCGGAUGAUCGGCUGGCUCUGGAGUUUGUGGUGCAGGUUUGUGCGAGGGAGGGAGUACGGGCGACGGUUGUUCGGGUUCGGAAGAGGGAAGGUGGGUUUGGGGAGGGUGCGUCGACGGCGGCGGCGGGCUUGUUACAUCCUGAUGCGGCGAGGCUUGUGGAUGAGAAGGUUCCUGAUAUGGCCUUGGAGAAUGCGAACGUGAGGGCGAAUCAGUUGACGGUCGCUUCGAUCACUGGUAUCCCUGAUACUGUCUACGGUAAUGCUACGACGCAGACGCGGUUGCAGUCCGAGACGGCGGAUAGUGUUGCAUGGGGGAAGUACAACUCUCCUGCCGCACGCGACACAAAGGACGCUACGCUAUCAGCUGCGCUCUCUCGGAUCUCGUUUGAAGAACUAUCCACGCCUUUACCCCUUCACGCCGUCACCGAACAAGUCAAGGAACUCUGCAACCCUAGUGUAAGUGUGGUUGGUGCACCAGCUGCGGGGGCAGGGAGAUUACUUGUUGUGCUAGGAAGGUCGAGGAGAUUGGCGGUCGAGAACCAUCAUAAGGAGUUGAAGGAGCUCGCGGAGGAGUAUGGAACAGUGGGGAACGAGGUGAAGAAGACGGUGGGCGAUGUGGCGACUGCGUUUGUGCUCAGUGGAUGUUCGGUCGGUUUAGUCGUUAUGCAGGCAGCUAGUGCUGCUGCGGCUGAUUGAAUGAGGGUGGCUAUACAGCGGGAUGGCAGAGGGUGCCAUCGUUCAUGACGACCCGUUACGAUUAUCUGUUCACGUUAGUUUCUUACCUCUUUUGCAUCUCUCCAUGGAUUUAAGCCCGCAUACCCAUUUUUUCUGGGACCACUGCCGUGUACAUGUCACCUGCAGACUUGCUAUCCCUCAACCAUCUUGUACUUUUAUCUGACUGCUCAGUUCGUGCUCAUGGUACAUAUCAUCCUUGGGUCCAAUGUGGCCAUU